AUUAUUAAGGGCUUUAUUUAUUCCAUUGGCAUUGGCGUUGUCACGGGAAAAGCAAUUUUAACGAUGAGUAUUUCGGUUUCUUGCUCUUCUCUCUACUCUAGCAAGCACUUGUGUAAAUCUCCCAGCUCACAUCAAUACAGAGCGUUUUGCCACGCCUCUCCUCAACUUCAACAGUUUCACAGGAAGCAACAGUUAAACUUUAGCUCCUUAGUUUAUAAUCCAUUUAGGUCAUUGGUAAUGAACAAGAGAAGGCGUGGAGUUGGUGCAGUCUGCUAUUCUGCGCCGUUUACUUAUCGGAAUCUUCAAUGGGUCUCCACUGUUUGUACUACGGCCUUAAUGCUAGCUCGGGGAACAGCCAUUCACAAAUCAUUUCUUGUUCCUUUCUUUGUCCUACAAGCACCUCCAAGCAUCGUCACAUGGAUGAAGGGUGAGUAUGGCAUCUGGACUGCAUUCUUAGCCCUUCUUGUUCGCCUUUUCUUUGUGAUUCCUGGGGAGCUAGAGUUGCCAUUCAUAACUCUGCUGUUGGUCAUUGUGUCCCCAUAUCAGAUUAUGAGGCUGAGAGGAACACAAGAAGGUGUUAUUAUCUCAUUGGCGAUUAGCGCUUAUCUGGCUUUCCAGCAUUUUACAAGAGCCGGUAGCUUGCAAAGAGCUUUGGAUCAAGGUUCAAUUCUUGCCACCUUAGCUACCAUUUGUAUUGUUGUUGUUCCGUGCCUGCAUUUGCUUUAGCGUGUUGUUGUGGGAAUAUGUCUAAUGAUAUGUAAUCUAUUGACUUCAGGUCAUCACAUAAUUAAUACAAUAUCUUGUUGGUUUAUAAUUCAUCA